UGCGCGAGAGAGAGAGAGAGAGUGUGUGUAUUUCUGAGGCAGUCCUGCCUUGGACAAUCAAUCUGUUGUGUGAGCGCUCCGCGGACAUCUACCCACGUGUGACGUAAUUGCGUGCCUACGACUCUUCAUUUAAACACAUUCACUUGACAGCCGUGUGAGCGUGUGCGCGCGUGCGUGUGCACGGCUUCAUCUACAUUGCUGACAGGCACGGAAUACAAGCAGUACAGGGUCAAAGGUUAUAGGUCAACGAAAGCGGAUUGCGUAUGUGCCUGUGCUGGAUCUCUGUAGCUAUAAUACCAUGACUGGAAACAGAAAUUAACUUUUCAUUGCUGGUUUUGUUGGAUACAUACAUUCUCAAGUCUGGAUCUUGUGGAUAUAUAAAUAAAACUUCUCAAACUUGGAGGAAAUGGAUACACAAAUGAACUUUUCAAAACUAGAUUUCUUGGAUAUAUAUGUGUGCUACUUAUGACUGGAUACAGUGGAUUAAAACCAAAGUGAUGUUGGCUUGGUGAUGUCCCCGACACACUGUUUGACCCCGGAGGCUGACCCUUCAACUCAAUUGGUGGAUAUAAAUAGAACAUUUGCUCAGUACACUUGCCGGGCAGGCUACAGAAUAGAGUCAGGGGACCUCCAGAGAUCAUGUGACGCUAAUGGUACUUGGUCAGGGAGCCCACCUGUCUGUGUAGUAGAUAGUGUCAUGCCAAAGGCGUAUCUUGUGAUCCUCAUUGUGGGCGCUACUGUUGCUGUCUUCCUUGCCUGUAUACCAUAUGAUUUUUACCGAUUUAGAAAGCGGAAGAAAAAGGUCAGGGACCACCAAGAGAGGCUCUCACUGGUGACCAGAAUCGCCCCUGGUCACGCCAAGGUCAUCAUCGAAACAGUGGCCAUAGAGCCAGAGCUAGCAACGAACGCUCAUCAGCGGCGGUUUGGGUUGAAGUCUUUGUUUAGCGUGUUUCGCUUUGUGGGCGGGAAAAUGAAGGCGGGUCAGGGCGCUCCGGACUCUUCGCAUCCCCUGUGCCCUGAGGGUCACGCCGAGCCGUUGUCUGGGUCAGACCAGGGACCGGAGUCGGAUGGGCUGACGGCGUCUUCGUUCGUCUUCCCGCCAGACCAAUCGUCUGCUGGGCCUAGCGCACACGACGGGCUGGAGUCUUGUGACGAGGACAUGGAUCUAGCAGAAAAACGGCCAGGAGGAUUGAUGGACGACACCUCAGGGCCGAGAUCACCUCCCCAGGCCACAUCCCCGUCAUGUCUGGUGCCCUGCGCUAUAUCACCCUCCACGAGCACGGGCGCCGUGUCAAAAAAAUCAUUCUCCGUGAUCCACAAAGCCAAUGAGAUGUUCGGCCUCCAGUUGACCGCUAUGCGCCAGGAGUCCGACACCCGGGGCGCGCUCCCGUCAACAUCGAUCUCCAACGAGCCCGCGGUGGUUCAAGUGACUUGUCUUAAUGACGUUUCGCUAGUCAGAAACGCUUUCGAAGAAAUUCCACCGUCGACGUCAUCGCCGGAAAUUGCGUCACUCCCAGCAUCCACCAAUCUGACGUUAGAGAGGAGAUCGUUGCCAGGCAACGUGACAUCGAUAACUUACCAUUCCAUGCCUAGCAUUCAAGACAAUAGUCCUUAGCAAGAAUACAUCAUCAACUUUCAACACCAACGAUGACAACCAGGCGACACGAGUUCAAGUCUUUAGGGCAGGCUCGCCAUGCUUGUGUGGUAGACCCAUCAAGCGCAAAAUAAACAUUGGAACUAAAAAAAAAAAAAGUUCGCGCUUCAAACUGGAGCUUCCUACUGGGAAUAGUUUGAUAGCCGGAGGAUAUUGUGUUACAAUUGCUUUAUGGUACUGACCUUUGACUCGGGUUACAUUAGCGUCAGUGUACUGACCUUUGACCUGCUGUUUUGCAUAAUUUGAGUUCAUUGGGCUUUUGUUGUUGUCAACAUAGAACAUAAUAUUUUUACAUUUCGCAAUUUUUGUAUUGUAGAAAAAUUUUGAACAUUGUCUUUAUCGGCAGUGGCGUCACUAGGGUGGGUGUCACCCGGUGCGUCCAGCACCCCCACACACACACGUAUCCGUAGGGACGUGACGUCACUGUUUAGUGGUUCUUCGGAUUAAAUGUAUCUAUUGACUAACUAGUUUGAUUUUAUUUUAUUUUUUGUGUCAUUGCUAUUUAACCCUUUCAGGCCAAUACUGUUAUAUCUGUAAAUGUGAAUUGUCAGACAGUCACAUUGCUCAGACGGAUAUUUUAUUUGAGGGUUAAACGAUAUGAUUUGUAUAAGUGUUUUAUAUGAUGCUAAAUAUUUCCAGUCUUUAGGACAUUUUGAGUCAUGGUUAUAACUACUCUGCUCAGUCCUGUGUGCACAUCUCUGAACAGUCCUAUUAGGACUCUGAACAGUCUUUUGUGCACAUCUCUGAAUAGUCUUUUGUGCACAUCUCUGAACAGUCCUUUGUGCACAUCUCUGAACAGUCCUAUGUGCACAUCUCUGAACAGUCCUUUGUGCACAUCUCUGAACAGUCCUUUGUGCACAUCUCUGAACAGUCCUUUGUGCACAUCUCUGAACAGUCCUAUGUGCACAUCUCUGAACAGUCCUUUGUGCACAUCUCUGAACAAUCCUUUGUGCACAUCUCUGAACAGUUCUUUGUGCACAUCUUUGAACAGCCUUCUGUGCACAUCUCUGAACAGUCCUUUGUGCACAUCUCUGUUUGUGUGCACAUCUCUGAACAGUCUUCUGUGCACAUUGGUGAAUAUGUACAUCUAGCUUUUUUUAGGACUCUGGAAUGUUGCCCCAUUUGAGCCUGACCCAUGUAAGAAGUACGCUCAUCAUAUCCUUAAGACUUCUUGCUCAUGUUUACAACCUUCUGGCUCACUUUUCAAUGACGUCAUUACUAACUUUUUUUGUGCUCAUGCGUACUAGCAUCUACCUCACUGUCUAGGGUUGACUGCUGGCCUCAGCUACAUCAUUUUUCAAUAUCUGUACAUUUGAAUGAUGAAUUUUUUUAUGAAUGGUUUUGAAUUUGUUUGUUUGGAGCUCACACCAUACAAAUAUUAUUUUUUAAGAAGCAGUGCUCACAAUUUAUAAUUAUUAUAAUUAUUAUUAUUAU